AUGUCUAUUUUACAAUUUACAGAAAUAGUGUUAAAUGAUGAAAAUGAGCCAAUAGUUAUGGCAGAUGGCAAGUAUCUGUGUCAUGUUGUAGAUGCAAAUGGGGAAACAGAUACCAUAGGUAUCGAACCUGAUAUUGUUAAUUCUAUAGUGAAUUUACAAAGCCCAUGUCCAGAGAAUUCAUCAGAAACAGAAGUUGAACUUCCUGAACCUGAUGAAGACAAAAAAGAUGAACGAGAAGAAUGGAGUGAUGAGCAAACACGAUACAUUCUGGAUAAGUACUACGAAUACCUUGCAGAAGUUGGACCUUUAAAAAAAUUUAGAUUAAAAAAAAACAUGUGGGCACAGAUUGCAAAAGAAAUUAACGAAAAGUACAACAGUUGCAAAACAGCCACUAAAAUUGAAAACAGAUAUAAAACGGUAAUGAAACGAAAAAAAAAAGUUGUUGACAAUAAUUCAACGUCAGGAGCCAAAAGAGUAAAAGUCGAUUUUGAGGAUGAAUUGAAAAAAAUUACUUCAAUUGACGACAGCAUUGAACCAGAAAUUCUCCAAGAUCAGAGCAAUAUUGUUAAAAAGGAAAGUUCAAUAAAGUCACCUAUUGAAAAAAGUUCUCAAAAAAAAGACACUAUGGUUAGUUUUCUCAAGAAAUCUAGUGAUGAAAAAAAAAAGCAAAGGGAAGCUCAUCACAGAGAGAAAGAAGAAAACAGGGAACGUCGGCAUAGAGAGAAACUGCAAUUAUUAAAAGAACUUUUCAAAAAUGAAUAA